AUGACCGAUAUAAAUUAUUACCAAAAUAGUAAUACUAUGGUCGUUCCAUCAACACCUAUUUAUUCACCUCCUAAUCCUUUUACACCCAAUACUAUGAUAUCUUCAUCUAGUAAUGAUGUAAAUACUAAUGUCCAAUAUUUUAAUUCCACUAUUUUACCAUCUAUAACCACAAAUUCACUCUUAACUACAACUUCAUCUUCAAACAUAUACAUACUUGACAACUACAACAAUAGUUUUGAAAAUAACAAUAGUAAUAGUAAUAAUAUCAAUCUUAAUAAUACCAAUAAUUAUUACUUUAAUAGCAAUAGCAAUAGCAAUAGCAAUAGCAAUAGCAAUAGCAAUAGCAAUAGCAAUGUUGAUGGUAAUAUCAAUACAAAUCACAAUAUUAAAAUAAUUAUUAAUAACGAUGACCAACAACAACAACAACAACAACAACAACAACAACAACAACAACAACAACAACAACAACAACAACAACCAUUGUAUUUAAAUAAUAAUUCAUUAAUUCCACAUUUGGAUUUGACGUCAUGCUCGACUUUUGUUAAUGAUCAUAGUUGUAGUGGCGAGAACACACCUAAUGCAAGUUGUUUACCAUUUGGUCAAAAUUUCACAUCAAAUGACUUAAUGUCAUCGACUUUUAGUCUAUCGACAUCGACGUCAUCGCUGGACUCUUCUAUACCAGACCUGUCGUCAUCGAUCAACGGUAGUGACAGUUCAUAUCGAACCUACCAGUUUAUUGAUCUAUCUCCACGAUCUCCGCCCGUAGCCGUCAACAGCAACGAUUCCUACAGUCCAGACUGUAUCGUUCCCAACGUUCAAUACCAACAACUCUUACAACACCACAAACAACUACAACAACAAUUGAAGCAACAAAAACUAAUAGGUACUCAAGUUAAUUUCGAUUUUAACAAAUUUAAAAAUAUUUUAAUUAAAGUUGUCAAAAGAAAUCUAUUUGAAGUAAAGUUUAGUUAUCCUUAUUCAAAGGUUGAAGAGAAAGCAACUAUUUUAAUAGGUGACAUCACUUUGCCAGAGAACUACCACGCUUUUACAAGAUUAAUAUUGGAUGUAAAGAUUGAAUAUGAUAAUUUCAUAAAAAGAUUUAAUGAUUCUAUUUUAUAUAUAUUCGAUUCACUAUCAAAAGAUGCGCAAAGACAAAUAUUGUAUAAUGCACAAACAUUCCUUCAAGAUCCGACCUCUAUAAAGAGUGUUCGGUUGAGCAAUGAAUUCGAGACAUUCUUGAUGAAUGUAGUCGGUAAUAGCAGACCACUGAAUAGAAUCAACCAAGAUGUACGUGAAUAUAUAUUGAAUAAAGUAGUGAGAGAUGGUGUAUCGUUUUCAAGAAAGAGAAUCUACAAUAACAAUGGAAAGAGAAAAUCAUGUGAUUUCUAUUACUAUUGA